UUGUAGAAGGAAAAGGUCAACUCGAUUCAAUACAGACCGUAAGUACGGCUGCGUGGUGUCUCUCGAUAGCACUUUAGAGGGGAUAUAUAUAAACAUAUACUGAUAUAUAUUUAUAUAUAUUCAUAUGAAAGGGGAGUGUUAAGAAAUGUGUGCAACCUGGUGUAUUCGGGCUUAGAAAUAAAAACCCUCGAUCACGGUGAGGAAUAUUUAGGAGAGGGCUGAAAGCGUCGCACAAAUCAUCCUUAACGUGCACUGGAAGGGAGGGGUCGCGUUAAAUAUAUUACCUUUUUUCUUGGAGGGGGUGGCUGUUACUGACCAAAUAGGGAGAAUAAAAAUUGACAUAAUUAUGGACCUUUCCUGUUAUUCACACCUUCCCCCCUCCAAAAAAAAGAAGAUCGGGAAGAGCUUGUGUUAAAAUACACAACAAGCUCUCUUCUUUUUGGAGGGGGGAGGGAGAUGUCCUUCUCUGUCACAUUGGAACAAAUGUUUGCAAUGCUUAAAACCGGGGCAGCCCGUGUGCUUUUGGCGCAGUGAGCCAGUCAAAAAACAGCCUCCUCUUCCCACCUCCUCCCGUGUAAAAAAGCAAAUAAACAAAAACGCAACCCCCAAAACUGCCAUGGCCCGAUAGAGAUCCGCGAAGUGGUUCGUUGCGCUGGCAUUUUAUUACAAUGAAAUAAAAAUAGAUCGCCUUGCAAAGGACCCUCCCCAUCCUUGCAGUAUUUUUGGGCUUCGUACCUGCAAGCUGUGCCAGCCCUCGAGGGAAAGGGAGAGAAAAAUCGACCUUAUUUCCAAACCCCCCACCGCAUUUCUUUCCUUUUUAAAGACCAGAUCAGUAUUUUCUUGAUACGGUUGUCAACCCCCCCCCUUUUUUUUGUUCUCACGACGACCAAUUGAGCCCUUGAUCCUCACGUGAUGUGAAAAGCUUGAACUGUAACAAAAUCGCUCCUUUUAGGUGGUUGGUGGCUCCUUCUCCCUCGCCCAUCCCCCGCUCUCCCGCGCCCUCCUCCUCCUUCUUGCCUGCUGCGUUCCUUCCUUCCUUCUUUCUUUCUCGCCUGCCUCUCUCUCUCUUUUUUUUCCACCCUUCCCCCUCCUCGAACAUACAUGCAACGCUCCGCUUUUCCAAUCUCGCCGCAAUUCAUUACAGCUUUUAGCUUUCCAAGCGCCAGCUAAUUAAAAAAUACCCAGCCAAGGCGAGGAGGAGGAGGAGGGGAAUAAAUGAAAACGAUGAACCAGGGUUUGCUGGAACGAUUCUGAAAAAGAGAGAGAGGGGGGGGGGAAGAAAACACCCCUCUGUCCUGAAAACAAGGUCGCCCAUUUUUAUAUCUCUGGACUCUUAAUUACUGAAUUACCCACCACAUGACUUACUCACGCCUGCAAACACCCAAACCCUGAAAAGCAAUUGCAGUCCGAUUCCCCACCCCAUUUAAACUUUAAAUGGUGGGAAUAUUUUGCUUCCUUCUUUUUUUUUUUGCAAAGGCUCCCUUUGCAUCCGCACUCCCACCAAAUUUUCUGAUAACUGGUUUAUCAGGCUCUGCUUUUAUUCCCUCCCUUUUCCUCUCUUUCCCUCAUCCCUUCCUUCUAUCUCUCUCUCUCUCUCUCUCUCUCUCUCUCUCUCCCUCCCUCUUUCCCCCUCAAGUUAGUUCAAGAAGUCAGAUCUGUCAGGACGGGAGGGGGGGGGGGAAAUGCCACUUCCCGACUAACAGGCGGAAUCCAGCCCAGAUUUUCAGUCCUCUCUUUGCCCCCCUCCCUCUCUUUCACUAAUUUUCCCCGAUGUUAGCACAUUCUGCCUUGUAACAACCCGGACGCCUGUAGGUUUCUUUCAUGGGAUCAUUACUUACUGAUCAGGAUGGCUGCAGAAUCUGGAACUGAAGACGGGAUGUGAAGUUGGAGGAAAACAAUUUUGCAACCUUUUUAAUUUUUUCUUUUUGCUACAAUCACAUCAUCUUGGUGCUUUGCUCGAGCAAAGGAGGGGAGAAAAGGAUUUUUCUUUUUUCUUUUUUUAGGGGGGUGCUUGAGGGCUUCUGAUGUUGUGAAUGUGAAAUGCUACCUUGCAAGCCUGUGAAGUUGUGAGCAACCAAAUAUUUUAAGGAGGAAAAAAACACCAAAUCUCCAAAGAAAAGGUGGUGGUAGUUUUGUGUGUGUGUGUGUGCGCGGGGGGGGGGGGACCUCUGUUUUCCCCCUCAUUGCCAAAGUGGAAAUAUGUUCCUCGACGAUUACUCUGGCAGAAAUGUUACUUUGGUUUCUUCUACGUGAUCACUCGCUUUUUUAAGCAAAAUGAAAUGGGGGAGCUGACUUUUUUGCUGAGACCAGUGAGGAGAGAAUUUUGAUUUGCUGGCUUAAUUUUUUUUUAAUAAAAAAAAAUGAUAAAGGAUUAAAGGUAAGCAAUGUACGUAAUAUGUAUGUAAAUAUUUGGACACUCAGCCAUUGGAAAUGGGCAGAUUCCUUUGAAAAUAAUUUUAGCUGAGCUGUGUCAAACACACACUCAUUUGCGGUUAGAGGCCGCCUUGGAAGUAGAUCAUUUAAAGUGUAUGUCUUAAUCAGUUUCCUGUACAGUCAGUAAUACUAUAUUUAACAGAUGGAGCCGUGGGUGACCUAAGACGACAUUAGGACCACUUUUAGAAAUGUUAUCUUCUGUGCAUUUUAAACAGAAAUGGUGCAUUCACCUUCCCUCAGGUAAACAAAAAAAGGCUAAAAUGAAUAUGCACUUUCAUUGGCUCUUUUUGUGUGUGUCAGUAACCUCCUCCGUCCCCGCCUCCCUCACAGAAACAAGAUAAUCUAAUCUAGAGAAAAGUCACAAAACUUGAAGGGGGCUGGUUUAAAAUAACAAAAUUUUUGGAAUGCAUUUUGGGAGGGAAGCUGCUCUCUCUCUCUUUGUGCCUAAGUGAUCCAGAAUCACAUUCACUGCUUGGUAUUUUUUGUGUGGAUUUAAAUCUGUCAACUUUAAAAGGGUUUUGUGUUUUUUUGCUGUGGUUUUUGUUUUUGGUACAUGCCGUUUUAAAGAUUGAUCUUGGAUGAUGGGAUGCAACUCUAGGGAAGAUGCUCAUUAUCAAAGGCUUCAGUUUAUCAGACCUCUUUAAAAUUAAUAUAUGGAGUGUCUUUUCUGUCUCCCUUGCCUCUAUAUUUUUAAUUUUAUUAUAUUCUGGUAACACCCAGCCAAGAAAUAUUCGACUUUUCCCCUUCCUCGCAGGAAAAGGUGGACCUGGACUUCAGGGUAUCUACCCAAAUAUACCUGGGGAAGGAAAGCGAGAAGAAUUACAUUUUAAAAAGGCCCACGGAGAUAAACGAAUGUCCCCUCAUCUCCAAAGGAAAGUUCGUCUGA